AUGGAGUCUAUCAAGAGCGGAAUCAACGCUGUCAGCGACAAGGUCCAGGAGACCACCGCCGGUGCUUCCAAGGAGGCCAACAAGGAGACGGCCAAGAGCGACAACGCCAGCCUCGGAACGCGCGCCAGCGCCGCCAAGGAUGCCGUCGGUGACAAGGCCGACGAGAUGUCGUCGGGCGCCUCGCACGAGGUCAACAAGGAGAAGGCCAAGAACUAA